AUGGAAAUUCUUGGUCUUAACUUGACCGGAGAUUCUGCAGAGGGGCAAUACUGUUUCCCUCAACUGAAUGGAUCCUGCCCACGAAGUCAAACACUGGUCCUCAUUAAAGUGGCCAUGUAUAUAUUCUUGGCUUUAAUCAUUCUGAUGACUGUGUUUGGGAACAUGCUGGUCAUCAUCUCCAUCUGCCAUUUCAGACAACUCCAUUCUCCAACAAACCUCCUAAUCCUUUCUUUAGCAUUAACCGACUGGUUCUUGGGGGCUUUUGCUAUGCCAUGUAGCAUGGUCAGAUCUGUGGAAAACUGUUGGUAUUUUGGAGAAACAUUUUGUAAGAUACACUCCAGUAUUGACAUUAUGAUGUCCAUUGCAUCCAUCUUGCACCUGGGUCUCAUUUCUGUUGACAGAUAUCUGGCCAUCUGUAAGCCUCUUCAGUACAGGACCUCAGUAACCAUACACAAGGUAGGAGCCCUUAUUGGAAUCACCUGGCUGUUUUCCUUUGCAUUUGGGUUUGGGGUGAUUCUCUCUAAAAUUAAUUUAGCUGGCGUGGAGGAGUUGUUCAUAAAUGCUUGUACAGGAACCUGUUUUUUAUUUUUCAAUAAGCAAGGAGGGCUGAUGGCUGCUUUUCUGGGCUUCAUCUUGCCAUGCACAGUGAUGAUGGCCCUCUAUCUGAAGAUUUUUUAUGUCGCCAAAAUACAAGCCAGAAAGAUCCAUUGCAGCAUGGGAAUGACUGCAGCGCAGCAGGACAGAAGUAACUGCACAUCUGAACAAAGAGAGAAAAAGGCUGCAAAGACGCUUGGCAUUGUACUGGGAGUCUUUCUCCUGUGCUGGCUGCCAUUUGUUAUGAUGCUUAUUGUUGAUCCAUUAUUUCAUUUUUCUACUCCUGCUGUUGUAUUUGAUGCUCUUGUUUGGUUGGCAUACUUUAAUUCUACCUGCAACCCUCUCAUUUAUGGAUUUUUCUAUCCCUGGUUCCAGAGGGUCUUUCAAAUUAUUAUAUCAGGGCAAAUUUUUCAGAAUGGCUCUUCAUUAUUAAAUAUUUAUGCAGAGAGGAACUGA